AUGGCCUCACUAAGACCAGUGGGUUAUGUGCUACUCCGGCGACUGCUGGCACACCAAGUCCGGCCUCCAAUACAUCCACUCCCGUUGCGCAGGGCCAACUCCACUUCAUCAGCUAGUCCUAGAAUCGGCGUCCAAUUAUACCCCGAACCACCCUCCGCUGAAGAAGAACAACCCCUCCCAGACGGCGCAGACUCCUCUAGCUCAAGCCUAGUCCUCCGACCAUACCAAGAACACGCCAUCUCCUCUUGCCUUUCAGCUCUCGAAAGAGGUCUACGGCGUAUAGGCGUCUCUUCGCCGACAGGCAGUGGAAAGACGACCAUGUUUAUGUCUCUUAUACCCCAAGUGCCCUUCUACAGAUCCAAAGGGAAGGGUAAAGCUAGAGUCGAAGACGGAGAGGGAAAGCGAAAGCAGACGUUGAUCGUGGUCAGCAGUGUGGAACUGGCAGAGCAGGCUGAGGCUGCGGCGAAACGGUUGCUGGGGCCGGGAUGGACGGUGGAAGUAGAGCAGGCUCGACGCUCGGCCACUGGUCUGGCAGAUGUUACUGUCGCUACCUACCAAACACUGAACAAGACGGAAAGACUGUCAAAGUUCAAUCCGGCCAAUUUCAAGCUUGUCAUUGUAGACGAAGCUCAUCAUGCAGCAGCACACUCAUACCUGAAGCUCCUCCACUACUUCAACCAAGACGUCACUCUCCCAUCUACCGUCGAACCCCAUACUUCCCUGACACACGGCAACAAAACACCCAUCAUUGGUUUCUCCGCCACUUUUUCUCGAAACGACCAGAUGGCCCUGAGCGCUGCCUUUGAAGAGAUUGUCUUUCAUCGCGAGAUCAGCGCCAUGCUCAAAGACGGCUGGCUGGCUCCCGCAAAGAUGACUACCGUCAAGGCGAACCUGCAAUUGGAUGAUGUCGAGCUCAAUCAGCAGGGCGAUUUCAAAAGCUCUUCUCUGGCGAGAAAAGUCGACACACCAGAGAUCAACGAUCUCCUCCUUGCGACGUAUCUGACUCGGGCAAGGGAAAGAAGGUCUACUUUGAUAUUUUGUGUGGAUCUGACGCAUGUGGACAACGUGACGCAGAGGUUCCGAGAUGCGGGUAUAGACGCCCGGUCCGUCUCUUCCAACUCGAGAGCCGAUAUACGCAAAGCGACUGUCGCCGGGUUUGGGGCUGGCGAGUUUCCAAUCUUGGUCAAUUGUGAAGUCUUGACUGAGGGAACCGACAUUCCCGAGAUCGAUUGUGUCAUCCUCGCCAGACCUACUAAAAGCAAAAACUUGCUAGUACAAAUGGUCGGACGUGGCCUCCGACUCUCCCCAGAGACUGGAAAGUCGGAUUGCUACAUCAUUGAUGUCAUAGACGGUGUAAGCAAAACCAACGGUUUGGUGGUUACACCCAACCUUCUUGGACUCUCACCUGAAGACGUUGAUGUCGAAGACAAACGGGAAAAGCGUCAUACCAAGACUGAAGACGCCCCUCUGGGCUUCAAGGUCGAGAGACCUCAAGAACGUUCAAAGCGAGGGGUGAAAGAUUUCAAGAUCUCGUAUGUGGAUAUCAACGAUCCAUUCAAACUUGGGUCCGAUACUCGAGAGGUCCUACAAAAGGUGACCCAGAAUGCCUGGGUCCCAUGUGGCAAGAAUAGAUACGUCCUCGAGCUACUCGGUGCGUCAACACUUCUGGCAGUGACUCCCGAUCCGGAUCAAAGGUUUCCCUUCUGUAUCACAUACAAACAGCCAAUGCCGGUAGAACUCAUUGUUCCAGGCAAGAAGAACUCGCCUUGGCUGCCUCCAAGAAAGAUAGGCUUCGGUAUAGAUUUGGAACAGGCGUUCCAAGUGGGAGACAAGUAUGCAGAGAAGAUAAUGGGGAGAGAAAGAUCACUAGGCCUUUCCCGGUACGCUGCAUGGCGUCAAAAGCCUGUCAGCGCAAAAGCCCUCAAGAUGUUUUUGAGCCUGUCGAAGCAAGACGAAUCUAGCAAUGCUGAAAUGGUCCAGAUAAACGGCAGAGAGGUUAGUGCCAGCUCCUUGACUGCUGGACAGGUGUCGAGUUGGCUGUGUGCUGCGAAGAAUGGAGCCAAGUCCGCUCGUGGCGCGAUAGACAAAGCCGAAGAUAAGAAGAAGACCAAGGCCAGUGCAAAGGCCGAGAAGGAGAGACUCCACAGGGAAAGGAAUCUUGCACUUCCUCCCUCCUUAUAA